AUGAUUUCUGAACAUACCCCAGUUGACCUCGAUGAGUGUUCGGCAUCCCAGUCUGCUCCACCUACCUGUAACGCUGAGCGAUUAACACUCGGAAGAAAGCCUGACGGGUUUGGCUCAAGCCCUCCAACACUUAGACGUACUCAAUCCUGCUAUAGUCGCGGAUGGCUGUCCAAGCGCCAUCGUGCACAGAACUGGCCUCGCAUCUCUGGAAUAAUGAAAUCGUUCUCCGGGUCUAUGUCCCCUCAUAUUGCGGAUACGAACUCAUGUCCGGCAGCACUGACCAGCGGAAUCCAGUCAGGUGUUCAAUACCCGGAGCCCCCUAAGAGAUUGUCCCUGCCUCCUCUAGGCGAACGGUUUUCACCCGUACCCGACACCAGUCCCUCACAUGCUCCCACUGGGUUUGACAAGUUCAACUUUUCGCGCACCAGUGCAGAGGGUGAUGGGCAUUUGGAUGUAUCCCUUGAUUGUUCGGGUCUGCCUCAAGCAAAAAAGCUACGGAUGGAUAAUGAAGCUUCGGCGUUCCCAAUUGCACCGGCUGACUCCUCUCGUGAGGACAAAGUCGAUGUUGACAACACUUUGCCAUUAGAUGAUUCUAGAUGUGACGCAAUGCAUAACUCAUCGGAGCACGUAAAGUCUGGUGCUGGCAAAGCGAAAGUGCCUUUCGAGGUGUUUCGUCACCAUUCAACCCCGUUGGUUUCUGCGCGGCCACUACAUCUUCCCUUCGUUUGUCAAUUGGUAUCGUCGCCAACGCCUCAGAUACCGCUGGCGAACAAACCACUUCUUUCCAGGAGCAGUUCCGUCCCUGUAUCUACUAUUUCUGAAAAG